UAGCAGCAAGAUCAACACCAAGAUGCUGAUAGUGACGAUUAUUGCCUCAGCUUUGUGAUGGUGUCGUCACUCCUGUCACUCGCUGUACAGGUAGCUCUCUCCACGGGUAGGCCAUUCCAGGACGGGAUUGAGAGACUUUGCUGUACUGUUGUGUAGCCUUUGAAGUCAGUGUGAGAGUUUGACAAAAUCAUGAUAUGAGAGACAGCAAUGCAUCCACAGACUGUCCUGGACAAGGGUGAUGAAGUAAUGUAUCACAUGUAAAUGUUUUUAGUGCAUGACGUACCUUGUGGGAAUAACAUGCUGGUGCUGGGUGUAGGGGCAGGUGUGAUAGUGCUGGCAGUGGUUUGGGUGGUAGCUGGUGUGGUUCUCCUUGCUUGUGCACAUAGGAGUUUAGUAGCAGCAGCUGGAAUUGCCCUCAUGGCCACAGUACUGUCCCUUGCCCUGCUGCUUCUGCCCCAGCACUCAAAUCCCCACCAGCCUGUUGUGGAGAAUGUGGCAACAGACCAGCUCUUCAUUCCUCGAGUUGUGAUUUUGCUGUUGUUGGCAUUGUCAUCACUGGCAGGGCUUGGAGCUGUAGUUGUGCACUGGACUGAUCCCAUUUUAGCCAGACCUCUCAAGAAAAUUAAGCUAUAGAUUACCCAUGCAAGUUAUGAUAAGACACUAAAUCAUCAUGGUCACAUUAUUGGAGUUCAUGUAGUGACUGUGACUCAGAGUGGAAAAUAUAACUACAGACAUGCUUAACAACCCAGCAGUUCGAUCUCUGCUACAGCAGAUGGUAGCAGGACCUGUUGUAGGGCGACAUGUACAACACCUGGCUUGCACAGUGAGCAGGAGUUUCCACAAUAGUGAGCCUGCCAUGGAAAUCUUUAUGGUAAAUAGUGAAGAUGAUUUUAAGAACAAAGUCAUGCGAAGUGGUGUUCCAGUCAUAGUGAACUUUCAUGCUGAGUGGUGUGAGCCGUGCCAUUCCCUCAAGCCUCUGUUAGAGAAGAUUGCCCAAGAAAAUGAGGGUCACCUCCACUUGGCUGAGGUGGCAGUGGAUGAACACCUUGAUCUGCUGCAUGCCUUUGAGGUGACAGCAGUGCCAGCAGUGUUGGGUAUCCACCGGGGGAUGGUGGUGGAGAAGUUUGUUGGUCUAGUGUCUCACAAAGAAAUUAAAGGAUUUGUUGAUAAAUUGCUAAAUAAGUAGCACUGUGUAUUAGGUAUUUAAUGAAUUUGUAGUACUGAUGCAGAGAGCAGAUUCAUUGGUAAUACUGGAGAAAUUUCUGACACAGUAUAAAGAAAUUGUAGUGUAAUGUAAGUGAUACAUUGUAAAUUUGUAAAUUUCAUGUAAAAAUUUAGCUAAUGUAAUUUGAGGGCUUCCAUAGUUACCAUUUCAAGCAGUACUUUGUAAAGAAACAACCAACACAAAGGUACUAGAGGCCUUAUGAAGAAAUUACAAUUUUCAUGUACAUACA